GUCUCGCUACGCACUUUUUUUUUUGUGCGUCUUGUAUCCCCCGGUGAUGGAUAUUGAAAGAACUCCCCGAUGGUGGUCUUCUUCCGGGCAAUAUAUCUCAAUUAUCAUUAUCGAUCGUCUCAAUGAUAGACAAUUGAAUCCUGGUUUAAAGAAAUUCUCUCUUCGUCUACUGUUAAUCCGACCAAAAUGGUUUUGCACAUUACUCGUGAGCAUCGCUUGAUGCUAGUGAUCAGUAUUUCUGCUUCUUUCUUCCUAGCAGAGAUCUCAGUGGGUUUCUACACUCAUUCUCUUGCUCUGGUUGCAGAUGCUUUCCAUUAUCUCAACGAUCUCAUCGGGUUUCUCGUGGCAUUCACGGCCUUGAAGAUUUCACAAAGAAGCAAGCACCCCAAAGAGCUGUCAUUUGGAUGGCAAAGAGCCCCGCUACUGGGAGCCUUCUUCAAUGGUGUUUUCCUGCUGUCCCUUGGAAUCAGCAUCUUCCUGCAAUCAAUCGAUCGUUUUAUAUCGCUGCAAAAACUCGAAAACCCCAAGUUGGUCUUGAUUAUUGGAUGCGUCGGGCUAGGUCUCAAUAUUGUCAGCGGGGUGUUUCUCCAUGAACAUGAUCACGGCCAUGGCACGGAAGCCGCCGAUCACGGCGAAGAGAUUUCUGCGCGCUCGGAAUCUCUCUCAUUGGCCGCGUGCUCCCACACCGAACACCGACACAACGUGAAACCGCAGUCCAACAAAACCGGCCACGAUCUCGGAAUGAUGGGCGUUCUCGUUCAUGUGAUUGGAGACGCAAUCAACAACAUUGGCGUCAUAAUCGCUGCCGUGGUUAUCUGGAAAGCGGACUACGAGGGGAGAUACUAUGCGGAUCCAGCCGUGAGCAUGGGAAUCUCGUUCGUGAUUCUGCUAUCCUCUCUGCCUCUGGUCCGCAAAACCGGGGCUAUUCUGCUCCAAAGCGUCCCUCUCGGCCUCGACCCCGAGGAUGUCAAACAUGACCUUGAAGCCAUUCCCGGCGUUGAAUCCGUCCACGAACUGCAUAUCUGGCGCCUGAAUCAACAAAAAGCCCUGGCCUCCGCUCACCUCGUGGUAUCCGACGACCUGGUCGGCGAUUUCAUGCAGACGGCAAAAAUCAUCAACGAAUGCUUCCAUGCUUACGGGAUCCACUCGACAACUCUGCAGCCCGAGUACGCGGACUCCGCGCCGAGCAGCGGCGUUACCAGCAUCGAUGUCGUGGAUGUCAAUGCCACAAUCCCGACCAACAUGCACCAGGUCAAGCACCGCCAUGUUGCCCUGUCAGAGACAGAAACUCCCCGAAAGACGGUCUCGAGGUGUCUGGUGAACUGCAGGAGUAGCUGCGAGUGGUACGCAUGCUGCAGCAGUUCGGGGUAAGAUGCUCUGUGAUACGUAAGUGCAGUUGUGCCAGUAUAACUAUAUACCACUGAAACUUGUUUCUUUAUAAUCACGGGACUAUAACUAGUUAUUAUAUGGUUCAUAUCAUUCAAGUAAUUACCUCCUUUUUCCAAGAACUGGAUCUAGAUACAGAUGCACAUACAUACAUACAUACAUACAGAGAACCCUCUGAAUCCCAUAAAA